UGCGCCUUGUCAUUUUCAUUGGCUGGUCAUAGAUAAAAAUUACAAUAAUCUGCCAAUAAUCGGGAUAUAGCUCAAGUCCUAAACUGUGAUAGAUAUUAUUUUGCGGUGGUAGUGGACUGUCUGAUGUGCAUUUAAGUGGAAUUUAAUAAAACAGCAACAUGCUUAUCAAAGAAUACCGUGUAACCCUACCUCUAACAGUUGAAGAGUACCAAGUGGCACAGCUGUACUGCGUGGCUGAGGUGUCCAAAAACGAAACGGGCGGCGGCGAGGGCAUAGAAGUCAUAAAGAAUGAACCGUUCAAAGACUACCCAUUGCUCGGGGGCAGAUAUUCCUCGGGCCAGUACACCUACAAGAUCUACCACUUGGCGUCGAAGGUGCCCGCCUUCAUCCGGCUGCUUGCCCCCAAGGGAGCCCUGGAGGUGCACGAAGAGGCGUGGAACGCGUACCCAUACUGCAGAACUGUGCUCACGAAUCCGGGCUACAUGAAAGAAAACUUCGUAAUUUGCAUAGAGUCGCUGCAUUUACCAGACGUCGGAGACCAAUACAAUGUUCACGAACUACCACCAGAGAAGCUAAAGAUUCGCGAAGUGGUCAACAUCGACAUCGCGAAUGACCCGCUCUCGUCUGCAGACUACAAGCCCGAGACCGACCCGACCAAGUUCAAGUCGGCCAAGACGGGCCGCGGGCCGCUGGUCGGGCCCAACUGGAAGAACGAGGCCAAGCCCGUCAUGACCUGCUACAAGCUCGUCACGGCCGAGUUCAAGUGGUUCGGACUCCAGAGUAAAGUAGAAAAUGUCAUCCAAAAAUCAGAACGGCGGUUGUUCACCAUUUUCCACAGGCAAGUGUUCUGCUCUAUGGACGACUGGUACGGCAUGACGAUGGCCGACAUCCGAGCCAUCGAAGACCGCACGAAGGAGGAGCUGGAACGACUGCGGCGCGAGGGCGAGGUUCGUGGGAUGCGCGCCGAGAACGAGUAAACACCCCGCUCUCCCCUCGGGACGAAUGUGUGAACGGUACGAGCCCUGCAGAACGUUGUUUGAUUGUUACACUUUUACUCUUAGGCCCAGAACAGACGGUGAAACGCAACUGCAGCGAAACUGCAACUUUCUGAUUUUAUUUAUUUAUUAUUCAUUAUUGAGCAAUUACAUAUUUGCUCCAAAUAGCGUCCCAAAUCCUCUUUAGGUUUGGCUAGACACUAUUGUUCUCUAUACAAAUAAAAACAAAUGUUUUAUUAUUUACGUAUGAUGAUUCUGAUGAAUGAAACUGAAACUGAAAGUUUCAAACUGGUCGCGUCAUGUAUUGUGUGGUCUCUCAACGGACGCUAUGGCAGAAACUUAGAUGCAACUCAAAAGUAACUAGCAGUUGCAGUUUCGUUGCAGUUGCGUUUCACCGUCUGUUCGGGGCCUUAAGGUCUUUAAGAGCGGUACGGAACGUGGAUCUCUUCACUGUCGUUAAGAUCCUGAGGGCUUAGUGUGAGUUUAUAUCAAACGUCGUCACUAGCGAGCGCGUUAAAAAAUAUAUGAAGAUUUUAGUUCUUGAACGUUUCCGCUAGGGGCGCUGUACGAUCCGUCAUACAUUUAAUGUCACUAUUUACGCAGUCGACAUCGGAUGCGUUUGACGUAAACUCCACACUACGCCCCCUUAGCUAAAAUACGGAUAUCACGUCGCUUACAGCGUAAAGGAUAGAAUGAAGAAAAGGUAUACCUUUUUCAGUGAUAGAAAAGAUUCGGACGCGUAUUCAGAAUUGGUACUGUUUGUCAUAUUAUUUUGAAAUAAUAGCCAAAGUUUUGCAUCGAGUUGUGAGGUUUUCUGAAGUGUAAUUUGACAACUAAUUUGGCAAGUGGAUAAAAGUUUAACUACUGAUGUUUGUUAUUAUUAUUUUUCUGAGAAUCUACAGUCAAGAGAUCGAUACGAAGUUUCAGCUCGGGAGAAGGGCCUUUUUGCAAUGAGAAAAAAGGAUACGUUCACAUUUUUGUCCUGUACCUAAUGAGUUGUGCGCAUACGUCGCAUAGGUUGAGUCAAGGGCGUAACUAGAAAUUUAGUUGAAUUCUGUCUUCCUUAAAAUAAAUAACGUGAGCAAGAUUAUUAAUAUUAUAUAGAAAAAUAUGACCGAUGUCUGGGAUAUAUUGGUUGGUGAAAUUUUGCUUCAAUUGUCGUCAUAUUAUGUCUAAUUUAUAGACAAAGUCAGCUCUAUCUGACGGUGAUUCCGUAUUCGGGUGUAUCUAUAAAUCUCGGUUUAGGUGAGAGACAAAUCUUAAAAUAAGGAUGUUGUAUGAAUUAGUUCAGGUUGAAAAAAAAAAAUGAAAUUGAUCUGUCUAGUUACGCUUCUGUCUUAACCUAGGCAGGCGUGCGCACGAGUGUAGGCGCGCUUACAAUAGUUGUUUAGCAUCCACUAACAAAUACUUAACCGCAAGUGGCAUUUUUACACCUUCUCUAUAACCCUGUAAUAAUAGUAGUGCUGGCUUUAUUUAAUCGGCAUUAUAAAUCGACAAUAGCAACGAUUGUACAGCAAUAACAAAAAAUGCUUCUUGCGAUUAGUUCAAGGAAUUUUCCUUUCAAGUGUUUGUCGAUGAAGUAAUGGUGCGUAUUUACCGAGAGCAUUUAUGUGUAACGAACAUUCCCUUGUAGCAUAAAAAAUACUUCAAUGCCAGAUUUAUCAAUCAAUGAAAUCGUUAUCACGUUGCAAGUCCUUGCAAUCUAUGUUCGGCUCGCGUUGGCGGUUGUUCGCGAACAAAUGCUCUUAGUGAAUGUGCACCUUAAUUAGAAGUGGCGCGCCCCACUCGCAACUCUCACGCUCAUACAAUGCCCGAGCCUCUGUCGCCUAGCGAUUCCACGAGGCGACACUACGAAAGUAAAUAUUCUUUUGUAUCCUAGGUAAUGAAAUAACAUUGUGCUAUUUAAUUGAUAGUUUUGAUAUCGUAGACGUUCGUUCGAAUUUCAUUAUUUAUCUUCGUAGUAGAUUGACAAGACUGCAGGCAGUCUAUUGCUCAUAGUUUCGUGUUACUUGUUAAUUGGUUAAUGUGUCUAAAUUUGAUAUAGCUCGUCUAUGUUGUAAUGUAAAAACUUUGAUUUAUAUAAUGAUAUUUCGUACCAAAGCGAUAGCUUAGUUGAAUGGGCAAGUCAUCUAGCGAGGACGAGGUGAGGGCAUCGUUUACCAUUAGCAAAAUAUGUCAUUCAGAUGUGUGGUAUAGAUACUAUUUAAAUAAAUAACUAAUAAGUCGAUGUAGUCAGUGGUUUACAGGUAGUGUUGUCGUUACCUAAAUAAAAGUAAUUCGAAACAUUUUGACAACUACUCAUUAUCAACGAGAAUCAGUGAAAAUAUCAAUGGCGUCUCCAUGGCCAGAUUGAAGCUUCACUGUUUGAUAUUACUUCGUUCUGUUAGGUAAAUAUCCUGUGUAGUGCAGGGGUUUUUUGGCUGUUGUGUAUUUAUAUUAUAAAUAAACACUUACUAUAAGUAUUUUGCGCAAUAGUAACUUAGUUCUGGCACGGUGUUACAAGGAAUAAAAAUUAACGGUGCAAUAUAUUUUUAACAUGGCAACCCGCGAAAUGUGAAAUGGUAGUUGGGGUUAUCGUCCCGGGUGUUGCAAGGUGAAUGUUCUACUAACGUAUGGCGGUGGGAUGGUGGUUUAUGUCAUUAACACGGUUAUAUUUAUUCCUAUUAUUAUGGAGCUUAGGUUCAAAUUGCAACACCCUCGAAAGUGAUUGCAUGUAUAUUCUAUUAAUAAGUUUUGUUGUUUAACAAAUCAGUAUUUUAAUAUGUGUGACAUUCCAGAUUCUAUACCGAUGAUAAAGUUUUUAGUCUGAUUUGCUACUUGAUCUAAUUUUCUAUUAAUUUUAUAGCUCUCUGUGUGGUACCCGAUAUGUUAUGCAGCUGUGCAUACAAAAUCAAGUUAUAUUUUACAUAUGAUCAGUACAAUGUAUGUUAUCAAAUUAGUUUUAUGUGAGUUUUCACUUUCUCAAUAAUGAAGUCAGUUGUGUUUAUCGAUGUUCCUUCAUUUCAACCGUUGUACAACUCUGACCGAGCGUGUUUUGUAUAAUGCUUCCGUUGGCUUGUACGGAACCCCGGUGGAUGCCGGACCCCAACGGAACCCCGAUCCUUCGGUGGGUGCCGUUGUCCGCUUGGGUUUCGAACAAGUAGGUAUCUAUUAUUUUGCUUAAUUAUGCACUUAUUUUGUUUUUAAGUUUUUUUACUUAUGUUGUAAUAAGUUUUACAUCAAAUACAGCGUGAUAUAUAUAUUUCA